AUGAGUGUGCCAACAGACUUUGGACCAGAUUCUGGUGGUCGUAUGAAAGGUGUUUGCAUAGUUAAACCGAUCGUUUAUGGAAACGUAGCCAGAUAUUUUGGAAAGAAACGGGAAGAAGAUGGACACACUCACCAAUGGACCGUAUACGUGAAGCCCUACUAUAACGAGGACAUGUCUGGCUAUGUAAAAAAAGUCCAUUUCAAAUUGCACGAAAGCUAUGCUAAUCCGAACAGGAUUGUAUUGAAGCCGCCCUACGAAAUUACUGAAACCGGCUGGGGAGAGUUCGAAUUGGUUAUUAAAAUCUAUUUUCAUGAUCCGAACGAAAAAGCAGUAACCUUGUACCAUAUCUUGAAGCUAUUCCAUCAUUCAGGAAGUACACAGGAUUUGCAGGAAAAAGGGCUUGUUUCAGAAAGUUAUGAUGAAAUUAUAUUCCAAGACCCCACACAACUAAUGCAUCAUUAUUUAAUCAAUACAAAAUCAUUGGGUUCAGAUGAUUUGGAUCAUGUCGCUUAUUUUGAAGAAAAAAAAGAAAAAAGUUUGAAAGCUAUUAUGGAUGCUAGUGAAAAAGUGAGGGCAGAUAUCAGUAUUCAUAAGAAUAGAUUAAAAUUAGCGCAGGAAACUAUUCAGCAGUUUAAAGACGAAAUUGCUAAAUUGCAAGAAUCACAAUCACAAACAUCCCUAUGA